UAUUGGUCGAAGACUAGUGUCGAUGUCUGGAAUAGCAGCUGAAGGUACGUCAUCCAAAGAAACAGGGUGAAUUGAGGGAAUCGUUUGCGGAGGCGGCGGAAAGGCUGACAACGUGAAAGUCGACGUGUUUGUGAGCACCAUAGGUGGAACAGGAGGCCCAGAAGUCGUGCUCGCAAUUGGUAACGGCGAUGAGAUUGCUGCGAUGGAGACACUCCUCCUUCGCUUCGACCCCUUGACCCCGGCGCCCUUCUUCGUUGGUUUCAGCGGAGGAACAACGACGCUGCCAACAUGUCGUGAAAGUGGAUUCGGACUCAGGGGCUCAUCGGGGGGCGCGUCGUCUUUCUUGAGCAUGACGAUCUCAGGAUUCGACAUGCUGGCCCGAACUGACUUCUCUUCGAGGUCGAGCAGAGUGUCGUCGAAAAAGGGAGGGGGGACCCGAAUGACCCUGCUGAACGGUCUAUCAUGGACUGUAUGAGCACGAGGCCGGCUGCUGUAUACGGGCGCUGGCUGAGCUUCUGGCACAGACUCCGGGUCAUCGAUGAGAGAUCUCCAGCAUGUGUUCGUUUUGUCGUCCGAAAAUGGGUGGUCGAGAGCCCAUAGCGAAGAAUUCCUGUCAGGAAGUGUCGAAUCCGUCUCAGUAAGCGAGGAUUCAGACGGCGCUGGCUUCCGUUUCAGAAGACUGAAUCGAUACGGUGUCACGGAGAGUGCAGAUUCAGAGGCACAGGUCAGCGUGUCCAUAGCGGUAGGUGAAGGAGAAGGUAAUUUGGUUGUGGGGCGAAAUGAAUGCAGCCUACAAUGGCUAGCGCGGAUGUAGAAAGUCUAGGAUACUCCGCAUGUCUCGAAAUGUGCGUCGACGAUUUGAAAAGCUGUUUCAUUGAUAAAAUGGGGCAUAUCUUUGACAGAAGGAAUUUAUGCGAGUUCUUGCUGCUUGAUGGGUUGGUGAAUUCAGCUUUUGGAGAUGAAGCGCAGGACCAGACAAGGGUCAGCGUCCUCUGGCAGCGCGUUACGUCAUCGUGACGGUGUCACAGAAAGGACGAUAACGUGAAAGAGCGUGAUUUCCACGUGACACUUACUGUCAGUGCUGCUGCUACCUUUAGACUCUUGUACGUCAAUGCACACACCCAGUAAAGCAGCACCAGCCAACCCGGCACUCCUGCGCCUCGGGCCAUAUGCCUCCGCAUCAUCUUCCCGUCUCCAAUCAUUGUACGCAGACAUAUCCCGACAGAAGCACUCGAAUCCCGUCGCCUACCGAGCUAACGUAGAAUGGUGGAGGGGUACACUGGAGGCAGUGACGCGAGCAGGCUUAGGCUCCGGCUCAAGGCUCGUCCUCAGCGCUAAUGCCAGGCUGAUGGACUUGCUCCGAUAUCCUGGGGCCGGCAAGCCAUUAGCCUUACCUACAGCCAUCGCUGAGCUCAGGACGCAGAAGGUCUUGCUCACCAAAGCCGAAUUUCUUUCCGCCGCCAAGUCCGUAUACGACCCUGGGUGGCUUCCGGUGCGGAUCGCGGCCUUUGUUGUCGGUAAACCGCUCUGGUGGGCGUUAGAGCAGCUGGGAGUUGUCGGCGAGGAGGGAAUGAUUUCCAGCGCGUCUUCAAGUAGCGGCGGUAGGGAUACAUCGUGGUGGGACGAUUACGUCUUGCUACCACUCAUCGAGGAAGUGGCAGACGCGGUCCUCGUGCGACAAUCGCUGACACCCGGUGACGCGAGUGAUGUGCUGUACAGCUUUGAAAGCUUCAAGGCCACGUUCUCAGAUGUCCUGGGUGACGAUGCACCCCUUGGCGACGAAGAUGUGAAGAUUAUGCUGAAAUUUUUGCAACGGGAUCGGAAGUGCAUCGUUAUCGACGAGCAAGUCAUCAAGUUUGUAGGGACGGGUUCUCCCUCAGAAAUCACCGCUGUCGACCGUGGUAUCUUGGAACUCAUGGAAGCCGUUCAACAUUUGCAGGCUCAGGUUGAUCAGCUGCAGGGGAGCAUUGACCAGUACACCCAGAAAGCGACCACAGCUGUGCAACAGAAACACAAGUCUGUUGCGCUGACAUACUUGCGACAACGCAAACAGCUCGAAGAACUGUUGCAGAAGCGUCUCGGAUCUUUGGAAACACUGGAUGGAACUCUUCUACGAGUGAAAACCGCAGCCAGCGAUAUCGAGAUCAUCAAAUCAUAUGAAUCGUCUUCGACCACUCUGCGCGCCAUCCUCUCGCACCCAUCACUGCAGCGUGAUUCGAUUGAGAAGACGAUGGAUGCUAUGGCCGAGGCAAACGCGGAUGCACGCGAAAUCGACGAGGCAAUCAGAAUUGGGUCUAAUGUGGCGCUGGGAGUUGACGAAUCCGCGUUCGAUGAGGACGAGUUGGCUCAAGAGCUGCAGCGGUUGGCAUCGGAGGUCGAAGCUGAGAAGGUGGACGAUGUGGAGCGGAUGUUAAAUAAAUCGAGUCUCGCAACACCUGUUACUCCUCCCCGGGAGGAGGAGGAACAAAAGAUACCACAAGCAGCUUAAAUUAUCCGCAGCCCUACGGACACGAGACAUGUGUAUGGUCCUUUCGCGAAGGCUGUGCCUGCCAACUUUGAGCAUCUCUCCGUCUGAUCAUAUCGCACGAUGGCCAGCCUCGACACCGUAGACUCGUUCUCACCGCCGCACGCGCCGAACGAGCGUGCGAUCGAGGCGUUUGAGCAUGUCGAGCAUCUCAUCAAGUCUGCGAUCCUCGCUUCGCGCCACGACUGGGACAAGCACGAGCCCAAGAUGUGGGCGCUCGCCAGCAAGACGUCCGACUACGAUCUCGUCAACUUCACUAUCAAGGACGAUCUGGUCUCUGUGCGCGUCGCCGAGACAUCCUACGGGCCCAUGAUCUUCGGCAAGAUCAGGCUGCCUGCAAUCCAUCUGGACUCGGACGGGGAGCUCGUCUCUCAUCACCUCGUCAAGGACGAACACGGUAGAAUCAAGGUCGAUGCCAGUGACGAUCAGUACGGGUUCAUCUUCGUGCGAGUGCAUGAUCCCCCUGGCGAGGGCGUCGAGAACGUCAAGUUCCAUUCUCUAUUCACGGACGAGGGAAAAGAUAAGGAUGGAGAGAACAACGGAUUUUACCGGGCAAUCCAGCCCAAUUCCAAGCCGCUCGAGUUUUUCAACGAAUGAUCGCACAGUCGAUAGUAAUUGAACCCCGGCCACGGGAUCUAUUUAUUUCUGGGGUAUAUACAUACGACCCUAGUGAGGUACAGAAAUCAUACAGGCAUGUCACGGAAGAAGACAUAUAUAAUGUGUACGCAAAUUCGGGGUGCAUUGUGCUUAUCAUAUAUGAAGAGAGACGGAACAGAGAGAGAAACAGAGAGGAAAAGAGAUGAAAAUGUACAAGAUGUAGUCACAAGGUAAGAGCAGUGGCGCGAUACGUAUUCUCGAGGGCUGAUCUGCUCAACAGAUGAUUAGAAAAUGCAGCGAAGUCCAGCUGAGCGGGGUAGCUCUCCAGCAGACACUGGCCCUGGGGGAACGAAAUCUUGGGCAUCGGUGCAGCAAGCACUGCGCCGUGCACACCAGGCAACAGAGGUGCGGGAGCGAACUUGCCGCCCGACAGACUCGACGCCUCGAAAACACUGCCGACCAGGGUGGGAGACAAUCCGUCCCAACACCCCUCCUGCGACAUCGUGUCAUCCAUGAACGACAUCUGGAUCGUCCUGUCACCGGCCGAC